AAUCUGUGCGCACCUGAUCGUAGUUGAAAGAGAGAACAUUUUCAUUAGUGCCACAGUGACUCUUCAGCAGGGCAAAUUCCUUCGUCUUCUGCGGAGCAACAACUUCAGAAAUGUCGCAUCCUCCUCCCGGCUACCCAGGCGCCCCUGGCUACCCGCCCGGCUAUCCGCCGCCGGCGGGCUACCCGCCUCAGCCAGGCUACCCUGCUCCCGCUGGCUACCCGCCCCAGCCUGGAUACCCGCCCCAGCCGGGCUACCCGCCGCAGCCAGGCUACCCGCCGCAGCCAGGCUACCCGCCUCCCGCUGGCUACCCUGCGCCAGGUUACCCACCGCAGCCGGGCUACCCGCCGGCCCCCCACGGCUACCCGCCCGCGCCGCAUGGCUACCCGCCGCAGCAUGGAUAUCCCCCGCCCGGCGCCUACCCUGCCCCGCACACAGUGGUGGUGCCAGUGGCCGUGCAUGGCGCGCCCCACGGCGCAUACCCUCACGGCUUCAAGAAGCACAAGGGCUACAAGUACAAGGGACACAAGGGCCACUAUGGCGGCCACUACGGCAAGCACAAGGGCGGCCACUAUGGCGGCCACUACGGGAAAUACAAGGGCCAUGGAAAGCACAAGUGGUGAUCACGCGGCCUGCACGGGCCAUCUUAAACCUGCCAUGUAACGCGGCUGGCUGCUGAGCCUGCAUCAUGAGAUUGGCGUAGUAUGAAUGCGACAUUACAAGAAGGGACAGUCGGUACCAGUCGGCGGCGUAUGGUACCUUGGUACGUGUGGAUGCAUCAGUCAUUGCGCAUUGCACAGAGCCCAGGUGCAUUGUAACACUAAUCUUAAAGAGGUGUGCCCUCUGCUUGCCUGGCUUUGGGACUGUCGUCGUCGAAGUGAGGAGACGCGGUGGCACAGAGAGAGGCGGCUUGAUUUGUCGCUCGUUGACGACUCAGUGCUGCCGCACUUUCAGCGGUACACCGCUUUGUAGUCCGAUGUGCUUUGGCUUAUGAUUGUUUGUUGUGGUGUGCGUUAUUGUGUUUAUGGGUCGAUUAAUGCAGCGCGGGGAAUUGCGAGAGGGCGUGUGGUCACGGAGUGGGAAGACCCCAGAAGACCAAGUGACCGCAUGUUACAAGCACAAUCUUCGUACCUGCUUCAUACUCGUAUGCGCAAUGCAUGUUACAGUAUAAAACGGCUUCACAUUGUUGGCCGUCGCAGUCAUGCGCAACAGCGUAAGCACGAGCUCACCACUCAAGCCAGCCAAUACCGGUAUAAGCCCUGUAAUCAGUAUGGGCA